AUGAGCCGCUACUACGCGCCCUUUCGCGGCGCUGCCAGCGGGGACGGCGGAGGCUGCCUGCCGCUGCCUAUCAUCGCCGCCGAGGCGGCGCUGGCUGUCGUCGACGCCGCCAUUGCUGUCGCCGCCUUCGUGCAGUUAGCGAGAAUUCACAGGCACAAUCAGCAACAUGGAUGGACUCGGCAAAAGAUAUUCCAUUUUAUGAUUGGCCUAUGCAACAUAGUAUUCCUUGCGUAUUUCGUAUCUACCGUCAUUGCUACUUGUGAGAGAUGGGUUUGUUGGGUACAUGGAUGCGGAUUUGUUUUGAUGGCUAGUCCGCAGAUAUUGCUUCUUGCUUCGUUUCUACUACUGUUGUCAUUCUGGGUUGACCUGUGUCAUCAGACAAAUGAUGAAGAUGAAGAUGAUGUAAGGAGUCACCAAGAAGCUUUACUAGACAGAACAAAAACCAAACCUGGCACCCGCCCUACUGAUGCCCGUCGGAAGUGUUUCCCAGGAAUACAGCUUGGAAGCCGGCAAAAAUUUGUGAUUUUGGUGCUUGUACUGUCAUUUAUUGUUAUGCUUGCCUUUGCCAUCCUCAUCUGGGUUGGUAGGGGAGAAAAUCCUAUUGAUUCAUCACUACUGAAAAAGGUUUAUUUGGAUGUAUUUUCAGUAGUUGUUCUAGUACUUGGCGCUGCUUUGUCAUGUUAUGGUGCAUUAUUGUUCUCGAAGAUGAGCAAAGUACGUUCUGAAACCGUGUCAACUGAGAAGUGGAAGGUUGCCAGUUUAGCUGCUGUCUCACUUAUCUGUUUCUCGUCUUCUGCUAUACUAGCACUUGUUACUAAUAUUCCAGUGCUUUUGUAUUGGUACUCGACUGAGGCGGAGAUCAUAAAAAAUGCUGUUAUAUUAUUUUUAUAUUAUUUAAUAGGCUCAUCGGUGCCAUCAGGAUUUGUUUUAUGGGUCAUGAGAGAGAUGCCUCAACGACCAACAGUGGAAAGGCCCACCCAAUCGAGAGUGGUUACCUUGUUCAGGGACAGACCAUCCCCUACACAGGAUCCACAGUGGAGAGCUGCUGUUACAUCCUCUAACAAGGCCCUCAAGUCAAGCCCAAUUUAA